GACCGCCAGUACACUUCAUGACGUAUUCUUACUGUCACUGAAGUCAGCCUAUCAUUCCCCACAGUUUGCCACCGAAUUAGCCGAGCACGAAAACAAACAGCUGUUGGCGUCACAGAAGCGAAGAGGUGUGUCUUGAGAAAGAACAGCUGUCAAGUCUUGGAGCACUGGAAACGUAAAUACCGCCAAGACGGAUUUUCUUUGGGAUAAACGUACUGGCAUUGCUUCCAAAACGAUGCCUCAUUCAAGAAGGCGCUACUCAUCAGACCGGGGUAGCAAAGGCAGUUACAGAAACCGUAAGCAGAGACGGAGAAGAAGCAGAUCCAGGUCGAGUAGUAGUGAAAGAAGCAGACGAAAUAAACAUGAAGACAGUUAUUGUAUUCGUUCUAGAAGUUAUGACAACCAGUCUCGAAACAGAAGGGGAUAUGAAAGAAGAUACUGUGACCACCUUCGCCGGAAUCUGUACAGCAGAGGUAGAGGCGAUGCACAUUAUGACACUGAUUACCAUCAUUCCUAUGACUACAGGCGUUCUCGGGAUAGGGAUGAAAGCUACAGAAGUCGCAAGGGGAGUAGAUGUAAGCACAGACGACAACGUCGCCGAACUAGGUCAUUUAGCAGUUCUUCCUCUCAGCGAAGUCGGCAGAGCAGCAAGAGGGUCAAGAAUGUGGAGGACGACGAUGAAGGCCAUCUGAUCUAUCGCAUCGGCGACUGGCUACAAGAAAGAUAUGAAAUUGUUGGCAAUCUUGGUGAAGGAACCUUUGGGCGAGUGGUGCAAUGCAUUGACCACAGACGAAGUGGUAUGAGAAUUGCUCUUAAAAUAAUCAAAAAUGUGGAAAAGUACAGAGAAGCAGCACGGUUAGAGAUAAAUGUAUUGGAGAAACUCCUCUCUAAGGAUCAGGAGAAUAGGAGUUUGUGUGUGAAGAUGUUUGACUGGUUUGACUUCCAUGGCCACAUGUGUAUUUCCUUUGAGCUGCUUGGGUUGAGUACCUUUGACUUCUUGAAAGAGAACAAUUACCUACCAUAUUCUGUCUGCCAGGUUCGGCAUAUGGCCUACCAGAUUUGUCAAGCUGUGAAAUUUCUUCAUGACAACAAGCUUACGCAUACUGACCUGAAACCAGAAAACAUUCUGUUUGUGAAUUCUGAUUUUGAAAUUACUUAUAAUCUGGAAAAGAAGCAAGAUGAACGAACAAUUAAAAACACUGCUUUAAGGGUGGUGGACUUUGGGAGUGCCACAUUUGACCAUGAACAUCAUAGUACCAUUGUCUCUACAAGACAUUACAGAGCACCAGAGGUCAUAUUAGAGUUGAAUUGGUCUCAGCCUUGUGAUGUGUGGAGCAUUGGUUGCAUCAUAUUUGAGUAUUACGUUGGAUUUACAUUAUUUCAGACUCAUGACAAUCGUGAGCACUUGGCUAUGAUGGAACGAACUCUAGGACCUAUUCCAACACGUCUGAUUCGGAAAACUAGGAAGCAGAAAUAUUUCUAUCGUGGCCAUCUGGAUUGGGAUGAAAGCACUUCUUCUGGUAGAUAUGUACGAGAAAAUUGCAAACCUUUGCAGCGAUAUAUGCUGCAUGACACAGGUGACCACCAUCAGCUGUUUGACUUGCUAGAAAGAAUGCUAGAAUAUGAGCCAUCCAAGCGAAUUACCUUACAAGAGGCAAUAAAACAUCCCUUUUUCAACUUACUGCGGGUGGAACAGUGCCUGAGAAGUUGGGAUUGCAGUCGUGAUAUUAGUCGAUGAAGAAGGCUGCUGACAUUUUUUUGGCUUUGCUGAGUUUGUUUAUAUAAAGCCAGUUUUAUGGCAUGUUGAGUUUCUGUUAAACAGAUUGGUGCUUUGAAGGUGUGUUUUUUUAUAAAAGACGUACCUUGACUAGCCUUUGCUGUCUUCCAAGUAUUUCAUAUACAAUGUAUAUGGUUUAUUGAUUUCUGAUCACUCUUAAGUAUGUGGUUGGGUAGAAAGGAAGAGAGCUAUGUAAAUAUUUGCAUAUAUGUUUCUUUAUAUGUACAUGUUUACCUUUCAGAUGAUAGGUGUUAUUCCUGUGAAGCAAUUGCAUUUUGGAAUGUUUCCAUUGAUUUCAGCCCCACAGUCAGAAGAAUGCUCAUAAACAGCAUUACUCUGGUAAUUGUUGAUCAAAGUGUUUCUAAAACAGUGAUUUUAAGUGUCCCUUCAGUAUGGAUUUAUUAAGGUAGCAUAUUUUCUCUUAGACACUUAAUUUUGUUCAUUGUGAUGUAUGUACAUAAUAAACUGUUUCUUAAGAA